CUAGGUAGUCGGUGUCGCGUGAGAAGGCCGCGACGCAUCCAAGCAACGCAAUCUCGGUAAUCAUGAAGCAACGUCAGACUUCCCGCGCGCGAGAUUUGGGAGCGACUGUCAAGAUGAGUUUGGGUAGUUGUCUGGGAAAAGUGGUGCCGUUGGGUCGGCAAACCUGACUGGGCAGAAAGCGUUCGAUGGGUUUCUCCGUUGUCCGCCCAGUCGGGAUGUUAGCCGCAAGUGACGUCUCCCCUUCACAAGCACCGCCAUUCUUCUUACCAACACCGUGGCGAGCUCGGCGCAGCACACUACUAGCAUUCUCCCCAAACACGCAGCCUCGACCGGCUUACCGAGUGAUUGCGAUUGUUCCCAUGUGCUGCCUAAUAGUGGAGUGAGGAGCACGCCCCACCAGCCACGCCCAAGCCCAACGGCUGGACACUUGAGCAUCUUCCCCCGAACCACGACACGCAUUGCUACCUCGAGCCUGCCAAAUACGCCGCCGCCAUGCCGUCGAUUCUCUCUGACGAGGACAAGCAGACGGUGAAGCGCACCGUGCCCAAGUCGGCCAACAAGAUCCACACCGUCGCCGUCGCCAAGUUGUACAUUGCCUACCCCGACCCGCGCCGAUGGACCUACACGGGCUUGCAGGGCGCCGUCGUGCUGGCCAACGACCUGGUCGGCAACACGUUCUGGCUCAAGAUGGUGGACAUAUCGCCCCAAAGUCGCGGUGUCAUAUGGGACCAGGAGAUCUACGACACCUUCUCCUACAACCAGGACCGCGUCUUCUUCCACACCUUUGAGCUCGAGGACUGUCUCGCCGGCCUGUCUUUUGCCGACGAGAAGGAGGCCAAGACAUUCAAGAAGAAGCUCGACGACCGCGAAAAGAACGCUCACAAGAACACAAAGAACAAACCUUUCAGCGCAUCCGCAGGGAGCAGUGCGCCUGCAGCCAACGGCAAGAGCGGUGGCGGCCACGGCCACGGCCUGCUGGGAGGGCUCUUCGGACACCGCCAUUCUUCUGCACCUGGCCCGCCGCCAGCAUCCAUCAUUCCACCUACCAACGUUACAUCGCCCGUGCAAAGCACCCACUCCAACGCGACAAGCGCCCGAAACUCAGCCAUCGACACAACCGACCCAUCAUGGCAGCCGCUUCUGAAAGAAUUGCUGGCCAUGGGCAUUACCGAAGACCAGAUCGAAGAAAAUGCCGAUUUUAUCAAGCUGUACAUUGAGCAGAGGAAGACAGAGGAGAAGCUCAAGGACGAGAACAACCAGCGCAAAUCCAGAGCGCCUCCCCCUCCCCCACCGAGUGCGCCGCCUGCAGCGGCAUCUCUCAGCCCUCAGAACACUGGUGGUUCCAAACGAGGACCUCCGCCAGCACCCCCGCCAGCGCGGAGAACAAGGACAGACGCAACCGUCAACCGCAAUUCCUCGGGAAGCCCUGCGCCGCCAUCGCCGACACGCGAAGCUUCGCCACCUCCAGGACCACCUAAGCCUGUUUUCAGAGCACCCCCUCCAAUUGCGGAAGCAGGAAAGUUUGCGAAUCUUCCCCCUGCACCACCAAACAGAGCGCGAGCAUCGUCCAACGCUGCCAAUCCAGGGCCCCCGCCGCCACCACGUCCACCGAAGACGCCAGUGCCCGACGAAGCUCCAGUGGGAGGCAAGUUCGGCGUGCCACCGCCCUUCACAGGCAACCGCGUACCCUCAGGCGCUCCACCACCACCCCCAAGUCGUGGACCAGUUCCACCACCCCCUCCAGCAAGAGAUACUCCGUCCGCGCCCCCACCACUGCCCCCGAAGACAUCGGCAGCCCCGACACCACCCCCUAUUCACAGCAUACCACCACCCCCGCCACUACCGCCGUCUUCGUCUCGUCCUACUCCACCUCCAGGCGCAGCACCAAUUCCCCCGCCUCUACCUCCAACAAGCAAUGUAGCGCCCAUUCCCCCACCUCCACCGCCUAUGCCGAACAGGUCAAUUCCCCCCCCGCCACCGAUGCCCAACAGCUCGGCACCACCUCCACCCUCAGGCGCGGCACCGCCUCCACCGCCCAUGCCACCCGCCCCGCCGCCAAUGCCUUCACGAAGCGCUGUUGCGCCGCCUCCGCCUGGACCUCCACCGCCCCCGGGUGGCGGCCCGCCUUUGCCCAAGCCUGCGGCGGGACGAGAUGGUUUGUUAGCGGAUAUUCGUGGAGGAGCGAGAUUGAAGAAGGUUUCAGAUUCGGAGAAGAAGGAUCGCAGUGCAGCGGCAGUUCCUGGUGCAGAACCGACUGGCGGAGCCUCUGGUGGAGCCUCUGGCGCAGCUACACCUGGAGAUGCUGGCUUGGCUGGAGCAUUGGCCAGCGCUCUUGCGGCAAGAAAGUCUAAAGUUAGUCACAGUGAUGACGAGUCCGACAAGGACGACUGGUAAACGAACAGAUUCUGAAGUCGCUCAAAGCAGCCUCAGCCCAACACGCCGAGUCGAUCGAACCCCUUUUCAGACGCGGACAUACCAGUGAUACCUUGCAGAAAUCGGGGAAAGAGUUAUCAGAAGAUGUUGC